AGAGCAGUACGGUUAAAUGUGUGCGAUUUUUUAGAAAUCUUUCAUUGGCGAGCAGAAGUUGAGGUGCACGUGAAAAUUGGGUAUGCACGACUCGCUAUGCAGAUUUUUCAUACGGUGGCAAAGAUAAAGUGACAAUAUUUGGGUGGCAAAUUUCAGGAUUCUGGCAAUAUAAAUAUCAGAAAGAUCCCAAAAUACCGGUAUUUGACCAUAAUUUCGGUUAGAUCAUUGUAUUUUUUUAUCACAAACUAUGCUCGAAGAAGUUUUGUAUACUGAGGGCCGUGAGGUCCGUAUUGACACCCCAGAUGCGCCCCACGAAUCAUACACAUCUGAGAGCGACACCGACACCGGCUUCUCUGAUUCCGACUCUGAUGAUGACUCACAGAACAAUCUCUCAAACCAUAUCCUACAGGAAAUCCAGCAGGGAGUCUAUACCUGCUUGGUGUGUACGUCUGAGAUCGACGCCUACUCCAAGAUCUGGCCAUGUGGAAGCUGCUACCGCGUAUACGACUUGGACUGCAUCAAGGAUUGGGCCAAGCGAGACUCACAGCGAGAAUCGGCUGACAAUAACAACCGUAACUGGAGAUGCCCCGCGUGCAAGUCUCAGAAUACCAAGCUCCCCACCACGUUCACGUGUUGGUGCGGAAAGAACGUGAACCCCGAUGCAAACCCGAUGAUGCCUUUCAGCUGUGGGAAUUCCUGCGACGCCAAGUACGACACGUGCAUCCACAAGUGCUCCACGGUGUGCCAUCCUGGGCUGCAUCCUAUUUGCUCCGCCAUGGGACCAGUGCUUCCGUGCAACUGCGGGGCUGAAACGAAGCAGUUACCAUGCAUAAUCACGCCGUACGAAGGCAACUGGUCGUGUGGGAGACCGUGUACCGAUGAAGUCUGUGAACUCCACGGAAGCUGUCCGAACUUUGGGGUGUGUCACCGUGGAUUCUGCGGACAGUGCGAAGAGCCGGUGGAAGCCCGGUGCUACUGUGGAAAAGCCUCGAAGAACCUUGCCUGCCACAAAAGGGUUCCUGCUAAAAGCAUAGGACACGAGUCUUGGAUCGGAAACUUCCAGUGCGAGGAGGAGUUGGAGGUGAGGUUCAACUGCGGCGUGCACACUAAGCGCAUCCCCUGCCAGCCGUUAACUCCGGAGAUUCUCAACCCGCAGUGCCACUUGGCACCAGAAAUUAUCAAGACGUGUCCCUGCGGCAAAAACAACAUCGAACUGCUUCUCAACGGCCCAAGAGCUAGCUGUACCGACCCCAUCCCGGAAUGUGAGUCGGUGUGUGGCAAGCCACUUCUGUGCGGCUGUACUUGUUUGUUGAAGUGCCAUCAGGGCGAGUGCCAUUGCUAUAACAAGAUGAAGGUCAAGUGCUCGUGCGAGCAACACGAGUUCUUGGUGCCGUGCCAGUUCCUUCAGGAUGGCGGUAAGCCAUCAUGCACACGCAAGUGCACAGCUUUGCUCAACUGUCGCCGUCACGUACACAAUCUGGCAGUGUGCUGCAGCGGGGAGCCGCUGUUCCUCAACCGCGAGCGCGAGAGAAAGCGCCUCAUGCGUCGCGGCGAGUACAAUGCGCUGUCGCUGUCGCAACAAGACAUCAAUAUGAUCAUCGAGCCGGAACACAUCUGCUUGAGGCCGUGUAACCGCCUCUUGCUGUGCGGCCGUCAUUUCGACACACACGCCACCUGCCACUACGGCCCGUGCAAACCUUGCAUGGAGUCCAGCUCCGAUGACUUGGUGUGCCACUGUCGCCAGACAGUCGUGGCCGCCCCGGUUCGCUGUGGUACGACCCUCAAGUGUCCGCACCAGUGUGUGCGCGAGAAGGCGUGCGGCCACCGACAAGAGUUCCACCAGUGCCACGGUGACGACAAGGAGUGUCCCAAGUGCACGUUCAUGGUUCAGGCCGACUGUGACUGUGGUAAGCGCGUGUUGAACAACAUUCCAUGCUUCAAGGCCAAUGAUCGAAACUCGUGUGGCUUGAAAUGCGGCGAAACAAUGGCCUGCGGCCAUCCCUGCGACAAGGUGUGCCAGAAGUCGUGUGUGGCCGAAGGCCUUCAUUCAGUCACGUGCGCCAAGACGUGUCACAAGAUCCGCACUGUGUGCCCACACUUCUGCAAGCAAAAAUGCCACCACUUGGGUUCCCAGCGCCCGGAAAAUACUGGUCGCAACUUGUGUGAUACGUACAUCUGCCAGGACCAGAUCACUGUUUUCUGCGAAUGUAAAAAUCGAAUGAAACAGCUUCCGUGUGGGGCCUCCAUCGGCACGUCCUCUGCCAUCGGCACUUUAUUGGCUUGUGACGAUGACUGUGCACGAGUGGCCCGCGAGAAGAUGCUCAGAGACGCGCUCAACGUCCCCAGCGAGGCAACCUUCGAUAAUCCUUAUCCGGAAUCCGUUUUGCGUACUUACGCCAAGCAGUGGAAGUGGUGUUCGAAUAUUGAAACCGUUUUUCAGAAGUUAGUUGAUGAUAAUACUCCGAUGUCUGACGAUGUCUACGAGCGUUCUGUCAUCAUGUCUACGGUUAAAAAAACCCAUCACUUCCCCGUCAUGGCGCGACCGCAGCGCACGUUUGUGCACCAGCUUGCGGAUGUGUUCAAUUUCUACGCGGAGUCUCAAGAUACAGAGCCUAACCGCUCAAUCUUUGUGCAGUUCCAGCCCGACAGAUCUGUCAAGCCAAGGUAUACUCUUGCGGCCGCGUUGCGUUUGUACGAAGAGGCCCGCAGUAAGGCCCAGGCCGAGAGAGCGGCGUUGCUUUCGGCUCAAGCCGAGGAAACGCCGUCGCACGAGCAGCCUUGCAACGCUAUUCUUAUCCAGGACUGUUUCUUUGGUGUCACCCAGACGGAUUUGGAGGACACGCUCGAGCCGAUUGUUCUCCGCUCGCAUGUGCCAGCUCCGGAGUUCAAAAGCAUCAACGAGUCCACCUUUGUGUUCUACUCACUUGAGGCGCCAGCGUCUGCCAAGGCGAUGGAGAACGAGUUGUACUUGAUGAGUAAGUCGUUCGUGAAGAUUUUGCGUGCCAAAAGUUUAGCGUUUGCAUGCAAGAUUACCAUUUACGAUGCCGCAACGAACACUUGUGCGGACGAGACCGAAGGAGGGUUCAUCGUGGUUGGCUCUAGGGGCAACACCAGAGAGAGUUCAGCCGUGCCUAUUACCGCUUCCUCGCCAUUUGACGUAUUGAGAGAGGAGGAUGCGAGUAUUGAGGACGGAAUGGAGUCUGAAAUACAUGAAGGAUCUGAUUUUAUCCAGGAAGAGUCUGAGAGCGCGGAGGAAGCAUCCCGGGAGGUAGAUGCUGAAAUAGCCGAGGACCUGUCUGAGACUGCAGAGGGCUGUCAAGUCGAUCAGACAGGUGAGUUUCAAACCAAACUUGAUGAGGUUUCCACAAAGCUUGAGGAAACUUCUAUUGCAUUAGAAUGCUAGAUGUCUUGGUGCAUCCAGUGAUCAAUAUUUAUUAUUUAAUUCUAAUAUCGAGAAUACGGGUAGGCGAAUGUAUAUCAGGGGGCAACAGCCAAACGAUUCUCUUAGGCAAUCAACACUGGGACGUUAACCGCUACUCUAUUAAGAUUGGAGAAACAUGCCCUUUCUUUCAUGCUUAUUUGACAAUUACAAAUAAUUCCACUGCCAAUAGUGAAUAUAUUACUGAUAAGCCACAAAUGAGCAAAUUCCUCCAUAGACUGGCAUACAUAGAUAUACCAAGUUGCCAUUAAUUCAACUGUUUUUGCAGACUUUAGGGAUACUUAAGGAAUUAAAAGUGAGGUUCAAAAUCAAGUGAUAUCCUUUUCGCGUUUAGAAAGGGAUGAGAAUGUACUGUUGUGUGGAAUGAAAGCCAGCCUGGUAAAACUCUAGU